AGCGCGACCAACCAGCACUAUAGGGCAUAUUGACAGGCGCCAUAAGGCGAAGAACUGAAUAGCCAUCUACGAUAUCUAUUCAAGAGGGCACCACUUGUCCGGCCGGGCUCGACUUGCCUUCACGCGGACGUUCCGAGCGAGCCGGCAGGCAGCGACAUUCGUUCACCUCGCUUUGUUAUGAACUCAAACACCUCCCAAAAUGUUUUUGCGUUGUUCUCUGCUGCUGUGCGAAAGAGGAGCCGCGAAACGGUGUGCGUCGUCACUGGUCGGUGAAAACGUUCUUCCGCCCAACUUGCUGCUUCCCGCCAACCUGCGAGAUCCGCCCAGAACCAGGCGCCCGCCACCCCCGCCGGACUCCCCGCUGCCCCUACUGAGGUCUUGUGACGCCGACGUUCCUGCCCACCGGAGUGCUGUGCGGCUAUGGGUGGACGCUUUAGAGGGACGGGGCGGCGACCCGUUGGGCCUGGCCGAGCUCCAUCCAGACGUCUUCGCAGUCCCUCCCAGGCUGGACAUCCUGCACAGCGUAGAAGUGUGGCAGAGGAACUACAAACGCAUCAGUCACGCCAACACCAAGGUGAGGUCUGAGGUGCGCGGUGGCGGCCGCAAACCGUGGAACCAGAAGGGAGGGGGCCGCGCUCGCCAUGGCAGCAUACGCUCGCCCCUGUGGAGGGGAGGGGGCGUCUCCCAUGGCCCCCGGGGACCCACCAGCUACUACUACAUGCUGCCUAUGAAGGUGCGCGUCCUGGGGCUCAAGGUGGCCCUGAGCUCCAAGGUGGCCCAGGGUUUUCUUCAUGUGGUAGACUCGCUCGACAUCCGGAGUCCGGACUCUCGUGACCUGCUGGAUGCCGUCAGACUCAAAGACUGGGAGGAGUCGCUGCUCAUUGUCGACGUUGAUGACAACUUUCCCGACAACAUCCUGAAGGCCACGGCCACUCUCAAGACCGUCAACCUAAUUCCAGCCCUCGGUCUGAACGUGCACAGCCUUCUGAAGCACGAAGGCAUAGUCCUCACGCUGGAGACGCUGCGCUUCCUGGAGGACAAACUGCUUUGGCACGACCAACGCUACACGCCGCUCUACCCUUUUAAAUUGCCCUAUGCUGACUUCCCCUAAAUGCAUGUUUGAAUAAUAAAUUUCAUAAUGACAAUAACAAAUGUUUUAUUUGUGAACAAAACAAGCUCAAACACAUGAAGGCCUUAAGAACUUAAUGUUCCUUUUUCGUCAACUACGCUUUAUCACCACUUAAAAGAUGAUGAAAAGUAAAGGCCCCCAAAUCAGUAUGUGAACAUGGAAGUCUAGAGCGUUCUUGUUCCCGUGUGCUGUCAUCCUACUUGUUCCUGCUUGUCAAAAAAACAACCUUAAAGAUCCGAAAAGGGCUUAAAAUGGAUAUGUGAACUUGAACGUGUUCUCAGCUCACUUUGUCAUCUAAUAUUCUGUUCCUGCUUGUCACUUGAAUAACAAAAAAUAACACUGAACAUUGUGAAAGGGGCUCAUGCGGUAGGACUCCAUGUCCUGCAUGUUACCUCCCUUUCUAUUCCUGCUUGUCAUUUUUUUUUCUUGAGUAUUCUUGCAGCUUUUUGUCAUCUCACAUUCUGUUCUAGCCUUUAUGCUUGUUCCUGUUUGUCACCAAAAAGCUAAGGAAUGUUACAAGCCCCUGAAAUCAUGACGUGAACUCUUGUUCCAGCAUUUAAUCACCUCACUUUGUUCUAAAAUUUUGUUACCGACACAUCCUGUUCUUACCUUUGUGCUUGUGACUGCGAGUUGUAAUAGCAAAAAGAAAAACAAGCAUUAAAGCCGUCAACAAGUCCAACAAUAGAUGAUUAAAUUAUUGAAAUAGGACUCUUUUCCUGGAUGGUGUGGAACCUGCAUGAUAUCACCUUACUUCCUGUUCCUGCUUUAUAUUUCGUUUUCUGUCUUGUUACCGCCAUUCUUAUUCCUGCAACCCAAAAAACAAGCAAAAUGACCUAAAAAAGGGCCCUCCACUUGAUGUAUAAACAUUUGAGGUGCAACUAAAUGUCCUGCAUCUUGUCUACGUUACUGUUCCAGUGCAUUGUUGCCUUGAUUUCUCACCUCACUUCCUGUUCCUGCUUUUUCUCACAAAAAUUUAAAUAAAAAAGACUAAAAGGUC